CAAAAAAGCUUUUCCUGCCUCAUAACCUUUCACACGUUCUUGAGCUGCAACAAGGUGCCGCACCUUCAACUGUAAAGCAUUGAUGGGCACCUGCGCCUGAAGCGACAUGGAGAGCGGCCUCGUUCGCUCCAUCUACUAUGGCAGAAUUGGGAGCUCGGCCACGGAGAAGCUGCUGGAGAAGUUUGGACAGGACGGGAGCUUUUUGUUGAGAGACAGCGAGACGGUGCAAGGGGCCUACUGCCUCUGUGUGAGGAAAGCGCCCUAUGUACACACUUACAGGGUGGAGCGCGACAAAGAUGGCUGGUACCUUCAGGAUUUGAAAGGCCGACUGCUGAGGUUUGAAACUCUGGAGUCUCUUAUCCAGAACUACAGGAGGGACAGGGUGUCUCACUUUGGCAUAGUUCCCCUCACUUAUCCACUGGACAAAACAACAGUGCCAAGCGGCUGGGUUCAAGGUCCGGCCUACAUGGAGCUGAACGGCAGCGAGUCGGGCCAGUGAAACCCUACGCUAAGACCAAGGGCUCUUCAAGAAUCCACUUUUUUCAUCCUUUGCUUCAGCUCACAGCUACUUAUUUAUUUCUGUAUCAAAAUGUGUGUUUAUUUGUGAUACCUUUAAAAUAAAUGUGAAUAAAUGAGAUUCUUGAAA